AUGCCUAUUACCAGCAGAAGUCCCAUUAAUUGGUUUCGUGGCACUUCAGUUUGGCCUCUCGGAAGGAUUACCCUCCCCGUCGUUACGGGCUCGGUUGCUUCUAAUCAAGAAUUCGUUGUUGUAGAUGCACCGAGCCCAUACAACGCAAUCCUUGGCCGAAAUUGGCUCCAUUCAAUCAAGGCCGUCGCCUCAACCUACCAUCAAGUGGUCAGGUACAUCGACGCUAACGGCAAACAAGAAGACCUAUUUGGAGAUCAGUUACAAGCCAAACAGUACGUCGGAUCUCUUCCUGAAGAGAAAUCAAUUGAGGAUCUUAUCAAAUUCCCUCUUAACGAGGAUGCAUCACGUUAUUUCAUGCUCGGCGCUGGUCUAUCCCAAGACGAGAGUGAAGAAACCUUGCAGUUCCUCAAAAGCAACAUCGAAGUUUUUGCAUGGACGCCGUACGAAAUGCCAGGCAUUGACCCAAAGCUCAUCCAGCACUCCCUCAAAGUUUCAAAAUCAGCAAAGCCUGCGAUUCAGAAGCCUCGGCGGUCGGCCAGCAUUCACGCCGACGCAGUAAAUGAAGAAGUCGGCAAAGUCCUCGAGGCUGGCGCCAUCAAAGAAAUAGCCAUGGAUCCCGACGACAUGGAAAAGACGGCAUUCAUCACACCCAGAGGCCUCUUCUGCUACCUGGUUAUGCCGUUCGGCCUUAAGAAUGCGGGUGCCACAUUCCAAAGAAUGGUAUACCUGUUGUUCGGAAUUCUCAUCGGAAAAAUCAUGGAGGCUUAUAUUGACGAUAUGGUGGUGAAAAGUCUAAAGGUCGAGAAUCACCUCUCUCAUCUUGCCGAGGUCUUUGCAAUAUUGAAGAAGCACAAGCUACGGCUUAAUGCCGACAAAUGCGCCUUUGGAGUUAGCUCCGGGAAGUUCCUCGGCUAUUUGGUUACUCGGCGUGGUAUCGAAGCAGAUCCGAACCAGAUCUCAGCUAUUCAGCAAUUGAAACCACCAUCAACUCCUCGGGAAAUUCAGAAGCUAACUGGGAUGGCAGCGGCUCUCAACAGGUUUAUCAGCCGCUCGUCGGAUAAAUGCCAUGUCUUCUUCCAAACGCUUAAGAAGCAAAGCCGACGAAGUUUCAAGUGGACGGAAGAUUGUGAUGCAGCCCUCGCCGAGCUGAAAUCUUAUCUCAGUUCGGCCCCUCUUCUUGUCAAACCAGUAGCUUUCGAAACUCUUCAUCUCUAUCUAGCUGUCUCUCCACACGCCGUGAGCUCGGCACUUGUCCGACGGGAAGGCCUUGAAGACCAACCAAUCUACUUUUCUAGCCGAACCUUGCUCCCGGCACAGACUAGAUAUCUGCCACUGGAGAAGCUCCUUCUAGCAUUGGUUACAACAGCUCGAAAAUUGCUCCCUUAUUUUCAAGAGCACCCCAUCAUAGUUCUCACGGAGUUUCCACUUAAAAAUCUCUUGAGGAAAGCUGAUCUAUCAAGCAGAGCACAAGUAUUGGCAGACUUUAUCCCUGAGUUCACCCCUGGAAGCCUGGACGAGGAAACAUUGGUCAAGCCUAAUUAUGGGAUGCUAGAACAACAAGAGGCUCGGAAAGUUUGGAACUUAUUUAGCGGAGACGUUUGGAAAUUGCAUGUUGACGGGGCAUCAAACAGCAAUGGCUCGGGCGCAGGGGUUGUUCUUCUGAUCGUCAAUCAAAUAACAGGUGAUUAUGAAGCUCGGGACCCAAGAAUGAUUAAGUAUCAAGCUACCGCUCUAGAGCUAAUCCGAGGCAAAGCAUCUGAAUACCGACACAUCAGCCUCGGCGAGAUUCACCAGCCGAGCUUUGAAGUAUCGGAAGAAGUAUACAACAUUUCCCUCGGCCCAAGUUGGAUGGAUGAAAUCAUCUCGUUCCUCAAGGAUGAUACUCUUCCCUCUGACAAAAAGGAAGCCCACCGUGUACGCAGCAAAGCAGCCUACCACUGGAUCUCUGAGCUCGGCCAACUAUACAGGAAAAGCUUCACCGGGCCAUAUCUCCGAGUCGUUCACCCAACCGAGGUCCCAAUUAUUUUAACCGAGCUCCACUCUGGCAGCUGCGGUUGUCACUCUGGCGGACGUUCCCUAUGCCAAAGAGCUCUCAGUCAGGGAUACUUCUGGAAAGGAAUGAAGAAGGAUUAUGAAGAAGUGUGGGUGGAAGCGGAGCCGUUAGUCACAACAACUGAAACAGACGUUCGGCGAUUCGUUUGGAGAAACAUCGUCACAAGGUUCGGCGUGCCUUAUGCAAUUGUGUCAGAUAAUGGCUCCCAAUUCGUUGGAAAAGAGUUAACUGGGCUCUAUGCUGAGUUCGGAAUUAGAUUCUUCAAUUCAACCCCAUCCUACCCCCAGGGCAACGGCCAGGCCGAGGCCACUAACAAAACUGUUCGCGCGGGCAUCAAACAUCGGCUUGACUCAAAACGAGGAAAAUGGGCCGAGGAACUGCCUAGGGUCCUUUGGGCCUAUCGCUCCACUCCCAGACGCUCCACUGGCCAAACUCCCUUUGCAAUGGCCUUCGGCAUGGAGGCUGUCAUACCAUUGGAAUCAAAGUUCCCGACCCUGCGUACCGAAACUUUUGAUCUAGAAUCUAACAAUGAUGCAGUGGCAACCGAGCUAAUCUUAGCCGAAGAAAAGCGAGACGACGCUCAGCUCAAGUUAGCCAACUAUCAGCAAGAAGUCGCUCGGGGCUACAAUCGAAGCGUAAGGCUUAAGAAGUUCAGAACCGAUGACUGGGUUUGGAGAAAGGUUGUCCGAGCCAAUCAAAAGACAAAAUUCAAACCAAAUUGGGAAGGACCCUACAGGGUGAUUAAAGAGGUCGGCCACGGCUCGUACAAGUUAGAAGACAAAGAGGGAAGGGAAAUUGAGAACCCCUGGAACGCUCUGAACCUCAGGAAGGCCUACCUUUGA